AUGGCGGAGCUGAAACCCCUGGCCGAAGAGCUGUCGUGCUCCAUUUGCCUGGAGCCCUUUAAGGAGCCGGUGACCACGCCGUGCGGCCACAACUUUUGCGCUUUGUGCCUGGACGAGACGUGGGCCGUCCAGGGCGCGCCGUACCGGUGCCCGCAGUGCCGAGCCGUCUACCAGGCGCGGCCGCAGCUGCAAAAGAACACUGUUCUGUGCGCGGUGGUGGACCAAUUCCUGAGCAUCCAGCUGGCCCAGACGGAGCUCCCCGACGGCUGGACGCCGCCCACCCGCACCGCGGCCCCCAGCCCGGCAGGGCAGGUGGCCUGCGACCACUGCCAGAGGGCGGCCGCCGCCAAGACCUGCCUAGUGUGUAUGGCCUCGUUCUGCCAGGAGCACCUGCAGCCGCACCUCGACAGCCCCGUGUUCCGGGAUCAUCAACUCCAGCCGCCCAUCCGCGACCUAAUGCGGCGCAAGUGUCCCCAGCAUAAUCGGCUGCGGGAGUUCUUCUGCCCAGAGCAUGGCGAGUGCAUCUGCCACAUCUGCCUGAUGGAUCACAAGGCCUGCUCAACGGCGUCGAUAAGCCAGGCCAGCACCGAGCUGGAGGCCAAGCUGAGGCAAAAAUUGGCCACCACAUACAGUCAGAUCAAUGGUGCAUCAAAAGCGCUGGAGGACGUGAGAGCCAGGCAGCAGGAUAUGCGGGAGGCAGCAAACCAGAAGAUUGAUAUGCUUGGACAAGAAUACAUGGAAAUGAAGGCUCUCAUUGAUGCCUCAGAGGCCAGCUCUACACGGAAGAUAAAGGAAGAGGAGAAGAGGGUCAGCAACAAGUUUGACACCAUUUUCCAGAUCCUCCUCAAGAAGAAGAAUGAGAUCCAGACCCUGAGGGAGGAGAUUGAAGUCGCCCUGACUAAGGGGGACGAGUUUGAGUUUCUGGAGAAAGCCUCAAAACUACAAGGAGUCUCCAUGAAGCCAAUCUACGUGCCCAAGAUUGAGCUGAAUCACGAGCUGAUCAAGGGGGUCUAUCAGGGCACCGUAGAACUGAAAAAUGUGUUGAAGCAGCACAUCAAGCAGUCCCAGGAGAAGAAGCCCGAGGACAUGAGUCCAGGUGACCCUGCAGAGUAUGUCCCAUUCUCCACAUCCAAGUCACGCCCUGUGAAGAAGCCCCCAAUGCCUGCCUCUCCCGCACCAAGCAAGACUCCCACCUUGAAAGUGCCUGAACAAGCUGGCCAAGAGGCCAAAGCCACUGGCUCACAACCAAAUGCAUCUCUCAAGGCCAAGGUGCUGGAGAACUUCUUAGCCAUGUCUAGACCUGAGCUCCUGGAGUAUGCUGUUAAGGUCAUCCUGGACUACAACACUGCCCACAACAAGGUGGCUCUGUCAGAGAGCUACACCACGGCUUCUGUGGCUGACAUCCCCCAGAGCUACCGGCCACAUCCCCAGAGGUUCACAUACUGCUCACAGGUUCUGGGCCUAUACUGCUAUAAGAGAGGGGUCAGCUACUGGGAGGUGGAGCUGCAGAAGAAUAACUUCUGUGGGGUGGGCAUCUGCUAUGGCUCCAUGGAGCGGCAGGGCCCCGAGAGCCGGCUUGGGCGCAAUAGCUCCUCCUGGUGUGUAGAGUGGUUCAACACCAAGAUCUCAGCCUGGCACAACAACGUGGAGAAAACCCUGCCUUGCACCAAGUCCACACGGAUCGGCGUGCUUCUCAACUGUGACUCCGGCUUUGUCAUCUUCUUCGCCGUCUCUGAGAAGGUCCACCUGCUGUAUAAGUACAAGGUGGACUUUACAGAAGCUCUGUACCCUGCCUUCUGGGUGUUUUCCGCUGGUGCUACGCUCUCCAUCUGUUCCCUCAAGUAG